ACGCUGGUGUCGGUGUUUCCACCGCUCGCGUGCGUGCUGUGCGGUAAAUAGUGAUUGACUGGUUAGUUGAAGAACAGUGUGCUGUUUCAACCGGUUUUUGGAUUUAAAUAUUCUCAUCGAUCUACUGGUGCUGUUGUCCAGUGAAGUCCAACCGACUUAAUCUCCUCCAGAGACUCCGGAGACGCGGAUAUCGUCCACCACCGUGACUACCGGGGGGACCAUGCCGGGCUCGGUGUCUCUCCCUGCCCGCCAGAUCGCUCGGGGUCCCGGGGAAGAUGAGCGAAGGACGUCUGCCUGCGCACCGCAGGUAGUUCUGCCGGUCGGGAUGAUCGAUCCGUCAGUUCCGAUCCGCAAUAUCCGGAUGAAAUUCGCCGUGCUGGACGGCUUGGUUCAGGUCGGACAGGUCAGCGACCGGGACAUCGUGGAGACGGUGUUGAAUCUUUUGGUGGGGGGUGAGUUUGACCUGGAGACCAACCACCUGAUCCAGGAGGCCGACGGCGUGCUGUGCAUGCUGGACCUGCUCCGGCGCUGCCCCGCCCCCACCCAGGCCCAGGUGUGGGCCACCUUCACCGCCAUGCUGCGCCGGAGCCUGCGCAACAUGCACACCUGCACCCAGGUGGGCCUCGUCAGGCACCUGCUGCUCGUGGUGGGCGGCGCCGACGACGUCAUCGCAGAGCUGCUGGUGGAGCUACUGUGUGUGCUGGCCCACUACAGCAUCGCGGUGGGGGAGCUGAAGCUGCUGCUCACGCUGCUCCGCGGGGAGCAGGGGGGCAUCUGGCCCAGGCAUGCGGUGAAGCUGCUGUCGGUGUUGAGCCUCAGCACGGAGCCCCAGACGGUCGGCCCGGACACCUUCUUCAGCUUCCCAGGACACAGAGCUGCCGCCAUAGCGCUGCCUCCUAUCGCCAGGUGGCCGUAUCAGGGCGGCUUCACCCUCAGCACCUGGUUCAGAAUGGAUCCGCUCGGCGGCCUCAGCAGCGACGGCGACAAGCCGUACCUCUACUGCUUCCGCACCAACAAGGGGGUGGGCUACUCGGCGCACUUUGUGGGCAACUGUCUGAUCGUCACGUCGCUCAAGUCUAAAGGGAAGGGGUUCCAACACUGUGUCAAGUACGACUUUCAGCCCCGGAAGUGGUACAUGAUCAGCGCGGUCCACGUCUACAACCGCUGGCGGAACAGCGAGAUCCGUUGCUACGUCAACGGGCAGCUGGUCUCCUACGGCGACAUGGCGUGGCACGUCAACACCAGUGAUAGCUACGACAAGUGCUUCCUGGGCUCGUCGGAGACGGCCGACUCUAACCGGGUGUUCUGCGGCCAGCUCGCCGCCUUCUACGCGUUCAGUGACGCGCUCAACCCCGCGCAGAUCUUCGCCAUCCACCAGCUCGGCCCGAGCUAUAAGAGCACGUUCCGGUUCCGCUGGGAGAGCGACACCCACCUGGCGGACCACCACAAGCAGGUCCUGUACGACGGGAAGCUGUGCGCCGCGCUCUGCUUCACCUACAACGCCAAGGCCACCGACGGGCAGCUCUGCCUGGAGUCCUCGCCGCGCGACAACGCCUCCAUCUUCGUCCACUCGCCGCACGCACUCAUGCUGCAGGACGUCCGAGCCACGGUGACCCACUCCAUCCCCAGAGCGCUGCACUCUGUAGGGGGCGUCCAGGUCCUGUUCCCCCUCUUCUCCCAGCUGGACCAUCAGCGCCUGCCCGGUGACAGCCACCCAGACACCAGUGUGUGCGCUACCCUCCUCUCCUUCCUGAUGGACCUGUUGAGGAGCUCCCUGGCCAUGCAGGAGCAGAUGCUCGCCACCAAGGGCUUCCUGGUGAUUGGCUACCUGCUGGAGAAGUCGUCGCGCGCCCACCUCACGCGCGGCGUGCUGGAGCAGUUCCUGUCCAUCGCCAAGUACCUCGACGGUCUGGCCCACGGAGCCCCCCUGCUCCGACAGCUGUGUGACCACAUCCUGUUUAACCCCGCCAUCUGGAUCCACGCGCCGGCCAAGGUGCAGCUGUCCCUCUACACCUACCUAUCGGCAGAGUUCAUCGGCACGGCGACCAUCUACAGCACCAUCCGGCGCGUGGGCACCGUGAUGCAGCUCCUCCACGCCCUCAAGUUCUACUACUGGGUGGCGGACCCCUCCGGCAGCACCCGCAUCACCCCCAAGGGCCUCGAUGGCCCCCGGCCCACCCAGAAGGAAGUCCUAUCUCUCAGAGCCUUCAUGCUGCUCUUCCUGAAGCAGCUCAUCCUGAAGGAUCGGGGCGUGAGGGAGGAUGAACUCCAGGCCAUCCUCAAUUAUCUGCUCACUGUACAGGAGGACGAGAACCUCCAUGACGUGCUGCAGCUCCUGGUGGCUCUAAUGUCAGACCACCCCUCCUCCAUGGCGCCGGCCUUCGACCAGAGGAACGGCAUACGGGCGAUCUUCAAGCUGCUGGGGUCUAAGAGCGAGAACAUCCGAGUUCAGGCCCUCAAAGUCCUUGGCUACUUCCUCAAGCACCUCGGGCACAAGAGAAAGGGGGAGAUCAUGCACACGCACAGCCUCUUCACUCUGCUGGGAGAGCGACUGCUGCAGCACACGGUCACGCUGACCACAUACAACACGCUGUAUGAGAUCCUGACGGAGCAGUUGUGCACUCAGGUGGUCCACACACCUCACGUAGAGCCAGACUCCACCGUCAAAAUCCACAACCCCAUGAUUCUGAAGGUGAUGGCCACUCAACUGGUAGGCGUCGCCCCCCAUAGUGAGCAAACAGGCUCCGCCCCCGGAACUGACCUCAUGGAUGUGAGACGCCUCUUCCUGUCUGACAUGAUCAAGCUGUUCAGCAGCAGCCGCGAGAACCGACGGUGUCUGCUCCAGUGUUCAGUGUGGCAGGACUGGAUGUUCUCCCUGGCUUACCUCCACCCGAAGACGCCAGAGGAGACCAAGGUGACGGAGAUGGUGUUCAACAUCUUCAGGGUGCUGCUCUACCACGCCAUCAAGUACGAGUGGGGCGGCUGGCGAGUCUGGGUCGACACGCUGUCCAUCGCACACUCAAAGGUGACCUACGAGGCGCACCGGGAGUACCUGAUCCAGCUGUACGAGGACUACCACAUCCUGGAGGAGGAAGACCUGAGGAGGGGGAGGGAGGCGGCGGGGGUCCGCACCGUCUCCGGCCUCUCGGCCCCGCCCCUCGCCUCCUCCUCCUCCUCCUCCUCCGGCGUCAACGGCACGGCGGAGAUCAGAGAGAACGGCGAGAGCUCGACCCGGACCCCCGAGAGGGCGGGGGAGGGGGGGGAACCCCACAGCGCCCUGGAUGAGAGGCGGAGGAGGAGGAGGAGGAGCAUGUCUGCGGUGGAUCCGAGCGGGGGGGGGCCGGUGGCGGACGUGGAGGCGGAGGAGAUGGUCGCUGUGGAGGUGAGGCCGCAGGAGGUUGACCUGAUGGGGGCGGACGUCUACUGCGCCGCGGCGGUGGCGCUGAACGCUGCGCCGACUCAGGCGGGCGGCCUCGCCGCGGAGAAACGCACCGCUCCUCUGAUCUCCCUGGACGACGACGCCCACGCCGACACCGGCUUCCUGUUGGGGCCGACGGCGGGGAGUAACGGCGUCGGGGAGAUGCCGACCGGGCGCCUCGAUCUACCCGACGCCGUGCCAAGGGUCCAAAACGGCGGCCCAAGUCUGCCGGCGCACGGGUUCCCCAACAUCCUGGAGCAGGUGAAGGAGGAGGAGGAGGAGGAGGUGGAGCCGCCUAAGGUACGGUCCGGCAUGAAGGAUCGCGCUGCCAGGGACGGUACGGCAGCGUCUGCGGGAUACGUCCGGGACCCCUCGGACGCGAAGAGGUCCGGCGAGGUCAAGGACGAGGAGAUGAGGACUGCGACCGGCUCCUCCUCCUCCGCUCAGGUGCAUGACGAGCGGGGCGUGCACGGCAGUGAGGAGCAGCAGCAGCAGCAGCAGCGCCGGAGGUUCAGCCCGGGGCCCCGGACCAGCAUGUUCCGCAUCCCAGAGUUCAAGUGGUCCGCCGUGCACCAGCGCCUGCUCACCGACCUGCUGGUGGCGCUCGAGGCCGACAUGCUUGUCUGGAGGAGCCACUCCACCAAGUCGGUCAUGGACUUUGUCAACAACAACGAGAACAUCAUCUUUGUCCACAACACCAUCCACCUCAUCUCGCAGAUGAUCGACAACGUAAUCAUCGCAUGCGGAGGAAUCCUUCCUCUGCUCUCGGCCGCCACUUCGCCUUCGGUGGAGCUGGAGAACCAGGAGGCGUCCCAGGGCAUGUCCCCGGAGACGGCUCUCUCCGUCCUGGGACGGCUGGUCUCACUGGUGGACGUCCUGGUGUUCGCCAGCGCCCUCAACUUCUCCGAGGUUGAGGCAGAGAAGAACAUGUCGCCUGGAGGCCUCGUCAGACAGUGCCUCCGACUGGUGUGUUGUGUGGCAGUGCGGAGCUGUCUAGACUGCAGACAGAGACAGAGAGACAGAGGAGGCAAGGCCCAAGAGACACUGCCCAAUGGUGCAGUGGUGUGCAAGGACCCGGAGCGCCUCCUGCAGGAUGUGGAUAUCAACCGACUGCGUGCCGUGGUAUUCAGAGAUGUGGACGACAGUAAGCAGGGCCAGUUCCUGGCGCUGGCCGUCGUCUACUUCAUCUCCGUCCUCAUGGUGUCCAAGUACCGCGACACCCUGGAGCCCCAGAGGGAGACGGGCAGGCCCACCAACCAAUCAGAAGCCAGCGUGCGUCCAGAGCUCAACUCACCCAGCAUCACAGACUGCCCCCUAGUGUUCAGCAGCAGUAGCAGCAGGUCUGGGUUCCUCCCUAUCGACGAGGAGUCCCCCCCCCAGGUGCGAGGCGUGCAGAACGGAGUCGUCCCGGAGCUGCACGGCGUCUCCUCCCUCUCCUCCUCCCUGGAGGGGGGCAGGAGGGGGAGGUCCCAGGACGGCCUGCCCCGCCCCCCGUCAGUCAGCAGCAUCAGCCAGGGCCCGCGGGGAGGCCCCAACGUCCGGGACAUCCUGAAGAGUCUGGUGUCCCCCCCUGGGGAGGGAGGGGCAGAGACCCUCUGCUACCCCGACCCCAACACCCUGACCCACGCCGCUCUGCCCCGGCUCUUCCACUCCUUUGACAGGAGUGUGGUGGUCCCGGUGAAGCAGCCCCCUGCCACCGGCGUCGUCAUCACCACGUUGGGUGUCUCCAACGCCAACCCUGGUCUCCCUGGCAACGGUUCGCCAAACAUUCUCAGCGCCCCCGCCCCCACCUCGACCGCUGCCACGCCCAAAAGCAUGAUCAACACCACCGGCCCCGCCGAGGCCAGCGCCUCUUCCUCCUCCGCCAGCGUGGUUGCCGGGGCGACCAGCCGGAACCUGCCGGCGGUGCAGAAGGUGGCGCCCAUGCCCGAGGACUCGCUGGAGAGCAUGAGCAUCACCUCUAAGUUAGAGCGGGCUCUAGAGAAGGUCGCUCCCCUCCUCAGGGAGAUCUUCGUGGACUUCGCUCCCUUCCUGUCCCGCACCUUGCUGGGCAGCCAUGGCCAGGAGCUGCUCAUAGAAGGGCUGGUGUGUAUGAAGUCCAGUACGUCGGUGGUUGAGCUGGUGAUGCUGCUUUGCUCUCAGGAGUGGCAGAACUCCAUCCAGAAGAACGCAGGGCUGGCCUUCAUAGAGCUCAUCAAUGAGGGGCGGCUGCUGUGCCAUGCGAUGAAGGACCACAUCGUCCGCGUCGCCAACGAAGCAGAGUUUAUCCUCAACAGACAGAGGGCCGAAGACGUCCAUAAACACGCAGAGUUUGAGUCGACGUGCUCUGCGUACACGCUGGACAGGAGGAAGGAAGAAAGGACGUGUGACCACCUGAUGUCCGCCGCCAGGCACCGAGACCAUGUGACCGCCAACCAGCUCCGGCAGAAGAUCGUCAACAUCCUCAACAACCGCCAGGGUGCCUGGAGCGACCUCGCCCACAGCCAGGACCAGGACUCGUGGCGUCUCGACUACUGGGAAGACGAUCUCAGGAGGAGGAGGCGAUUGGUCAGGAACCCGCUAGGCUCCGCCCACCAGGGAGUCACCAGAAGAGCCCUGGAAGACUAUGCCAGGGUGGAGGAUGGCCAGCUGAGGUACCAGAAGGCCCUCCGGGGGGCCACGGGGUCCUGCCGGAGCCCCGAGACGGAGCUGAUGCUGGAGGGAGAGGACGAUGUGGUCGGCCUCCUGCAGGAAAAGGACAUGGACAACCUGGGAGGUGAGGAGACUCUGGCACCACCAUCGUCUUCAUACACCGAGUCAUCCACCUUUGUAAUCACCGCCAUCGUCUUCAUCACCGUCAUCGGCGCUUUCAUCACCACCAGCGCCGACGUGACCAUCAUCCACGACCGCCACCGGCUCUACCAUUACCCACCGUCAUCUCCUCGUCCACCGCCAGCACCUCCAUGCCCGGUGGUGCUGAGCAGCCCGGCCCGGCUGGUCUGCCCGCUGCUGGAGGUCAGCGGGACCCUCUCCAUCUCCACCUCCCAGAUCUGCUUCGAGGUGGACCAAGACGACCCGGCCUUCGCACGGCUCGACUCCCAAAGCACCACCUCGAACUCCGUGGGGGAUGUCACCUCCAUGCCCUCGAAGCGGUUAUCCAUCUCGCUCAGCGAGCUGAUGAAGCGCGGCUCCUGCACCUCCACCUCCUUCAGGACGUCCGACACCACCUUGCACACCUCCCGGAUGAGAUCCGGGUUGUACACCGGAGUCUCGCAGUACGCCGAGGGAUCCAACGCGGCGGUUUGUUGUGUGUACAGUAUAUGACGGUAUCUCUUGCGUUCCACAGGUGUGAGAGGAGCUCCGGGUUAUUCCCUUGAGCAGGCCCACCACCUCCCCAUCGAGAUGGACGCUCUUAUCGCUAGUAACAGUGGCAGCGGUUGCCGUCAGAUCUCAGACCUCGUGGACCAGAGCAUCAGCAUCAACAGCCUGUGUUUCCUGGUUACCGCCGACAACCACUACAUCCUUGCCUGUGGUUUCUGGGACAACAGCUUCCGGGUGUACUCCUCAGAAACAGGCAGUCAGAGCCAGAUCGUGUUCGGCCACUGGGACGUGGUGACGUGUCUGGCCCGCUCAGAGUCCUACAUCGGGGGGGACUGCUACGUGGUGUCGGGGUCCCGGGACGCCACCCUGCUGCUGUGGUACUGGAGCGGACGCCACCACGCCAUCGGAGACAAUGCCAACAACAGUGACUUCCCUGCUCCUCGCGCAGUGCUGACGGGACACGACCACGAGCUGGUGUGUGUGGCAGUUUGUGCCGAGCUGGGCCUGGUCAUCAGCGGAGCUAAAGAGGGACCGUGCUUAGUGCACACCAUCACAGGGGACCUUCUGCGGGCCCUCGAGGGGCCGGACAGCUGCGGGGCCCCCCGCCUGAUCACCGUGUCCAGCGAGGGUCACUGCAUCAUCUGCUACCAGGGGGGCCCGGGGCAAGGGCACUUCUGUACCUUCAGCAUUAACGGAAAACUACUGGCCAGCCUGGAGCUGGCCGACUCCACCAGGGCCAUCCUGCUGAGCAGUGACGGCCAGAACCUGGUGACGGGGGGAGACCGAGGGGUGGUGGAGGUGUGGAGGGCAUGUGAUCUGAAACGCCACUACGUCUACCCUGGCUGCGACGCUGGCAUACGAGCCCUGGACCUGUCACAUGACCAGAGGACCCUGGUGACCGGCAUGGCGUCUGGCAGCAUCGUGGCGUUCAACAUCGACUUCAACCGCUGGCACUGUGAGAAGCACAGCCGCGAAUGAGGCUGGACUCCAGGUGAGGAACACCUGAGCUCACCUCCCCAGGUAGAGAGCUAACCACACCCAGAGAGGUAAACCCCUCAACACCUACCCUCACCGGGAAAGGUAGAAGCCCUUAACAUCAACCUCGCCAGGCAGAGAGCUAACUACAGCUCGCAAGGAAGAAACGUCUGAACUCACCUGUGCAGGUAGAAACCCAGGCGUAUACCUGUACAGGUAGAAGCCCCAAGCUGGAAGGGAGGGAGUAACACCUGAACCGGCCUUUUCAGGUGGAAUCACUUGAAUUCACCUGAACAGGUAGAAACACCUGAACUCACAUGUACAGGUAGAAACCCCUAGCCUUACCUGGAGAAAAAGUGGAAACAAAGACCCUUACCUGUAUAGGUAGGAACUCCUACAUAUUUACUUCACCUGGAGAAGCGGUAGAAACACCUGCGGUAGAAACACCUGGCCAGGUAGAGAUACAUCACCUUACUGGCCCAAGUGGAACUACCUUGACUUUCCUGGAGAAGACAUUCGCACCAGAUAGCAAAGGUCAGCAGGAUGCUACAAAAUGUAGCCCUGAAGACGGAUCUGGAUCUGGUUUGUCAUGAGUCUGAUAUUUGUCCCUGGAGAUUGUAUAUCAGAAACUUCUACAACUGCUGGCCAAGGGCCAAGUCUGGCAGGUUGUAAAUUGGGAUUAAGGAUUGCCUGAGCUUCAUAUGUGAAUAAAAGUUUGCA